AUGUCUCAAAAGAGUGCUAUUCAUUAUUACGAUGAUGGUGAUAUUAUUCUUAUGGUCGAAGAUAUGUCCUUUUGCGUACACAAAAAAUAUUUAUCUUUAGCCUCAAGGAUAUUUAAUGACAUGUGUGCAACUUGUUCUCAAAGUUAUGAAAGUCAAUUACCAAUAAUAAACCUCUCUGAUGAUUCUGCCACAGCUUUUGAAGAAUUAUUAUCUUUUCUUUAUCCAAGUAAAUGGGUACGAAUUACUUGGGACAAUGUUAGUCAGUUUCUUCAAUUUUCUGAUAAAUACGAAAUUAUCAGCGUUCUUUCUGCUUCCGAGGAUUUCUUGGAACAACAUUUCGUAGAAAAACCUUUAAAAUCUUUAGUUCUGGCGGAUUCUUUUAGAUUCAAAAAUGUAUAUAAAGAAUCAUCAAAAUUAGUAAUUAAUCAAUUACCAAGUUUAAAGAAUUCAGAAGAUUUUAAACUAUUAUCAAUUGUUACUAGUUUGGCUUUAUUAUCAAGAUAUCUUGAUUAUAUUAAUGGUAUUGGGAUACUUAAUCCAUCGGAGUUAUUAGAAGGUUUUACUCAUGAAUUUCUUUGUAAUUCAACGGCGCAUGAGAGUAGUUUUAUAGCUAAUUUUACCAAUCUCGUAAAAAAAGAAAUACAAGUAUAUCCAGUUUUAUCUCCUACGAGAGCCUUAAAAUUUUUAAUGACUUGUGAAGUAACUGAAGGAACUAAACGUUGUAUUAGUAAUUUUGAAAAAACACAUCUUCCUGGAAAGUUAAAAGCUCAUUUCGGUGAAUUUGAACCAAUGGCAAGUGAAAAGAGAAAAUAUGGAAUUUUUAAUUUUUUGUUCAUUGAAUUGAAAGAUAAUUGA